GUGAUUUCCUAGGGAAUUUUUCUUUUUCACUUCUUUCAUUUUGAGUGUUUUGAGCACGUCCGAAAACCAUGGGACGUGUAAUUCGUGCGCAACGUAAGGGUGCGGGAUCCGUCUUCAAAUCCCACACGAAAAAAAGGAAGGGAGCCCCCAAGCUCCGCUACUUGGAUUUCAGCGAACGUCAUGGAUACAUCAAGGGGGUGGUAAAGGAGAUCAUCCACGACCCCGGUCGCGGCGCCCCCUUGGCCAUGGUCAACUUCAGGGACCCCUACAAGUUCCAGACCAGGAAGGAGCUUUUCAUUGCCCCAGAAGGCAUGUACACCGGACAGUUUGUUUACUGUGGAAAGAAAGCCAACUUGCAAAUCGGUAACGUUUUGCCAAUUGGAGCCAUGCCUGAAGGUACCAUUGUGUGCAACUUGGAAGAGAAAACUGGUGACCGUGGUCGUUUGGCCCGUGCAUCUGGUAACUAUGCCACCGUAAUUGCCCACAACCACGACACAAAAAAAACUAGGGUUAAGUUGCCAUCUGGAGCAAAAAAAGUCAUUCCCUCCAACAACAGAGCCAUGGUUGGUAUUGUAGCUGGUGGUGGUCGUAUUGACAAGCCAAUCUUAAAGGCUGGUCGUGCCUACCACAAAUACAAGGUUAAGCGUAACUGCUGGCCUAAGGUGAGAGGUGUGUGCAUGAACCCCGUUGAGCAUCCUCACGGAGGUGGUAACCAUCAACAUAUUGGUAAGGCUUCGACGGUCAAGAGGGGAACCAGCGCUGGUCGUAAAGUCGGUCUCAUCGCUGCCCGCAGAACCGGUCGUAUUCGUGGUGGAAAGGUUGAGACAAAGAAAGAAGAUUAGAAUAAAAAUAAUAAUAAACAUUAAGUUCAAUGUUUCAAUGUAUUUUGACUGGACUAUUUUUAUAUUGUUAUUGACUUAUACUUCACUUGAAAUAUAUUGAAGAACUGAAAACAAUUUUGUACCUA